AUGGCUAAGAAAACGAGCUCAGACAGCGGAAAGCCAAAGAAAAAUAAAAAGAAAACCAGUAAAAAAUCUGGUCCAAAUGCUGUAGCAACGAAGCAUAAAGUCCCAGCGGCAAACCCGUUUGAGACAAUCUGGUCCCGGCAAAAAUUCAAUAUUCUUGGUAAAAAGCGCAAGGGUGAACAGCGACGUAUUGGGCUCUCUCGCUCCCUCGCUAUUGAAAAGAGGAAGAAAACAUUGCUGAAGGAAUAUGAACAGAGUGGAAAGUCAUCCGUUUUUGUGGAUAAUCGAAUUGGAGAGCAUAACGAGGAUCUUGGGGAGUUUGAUAAAGGGAUUAUGAGGUCUCAACUUGAAAGAAAGAGCAAAAAAAGCAAGUAUAAUUUAUCUGAUGUUGAAGAAGAGGAACUGGAGAUCCAACAUGGUCUUUUCCCCGAAAAUGACGAUUUUGAAGAUGAAUUGCCAUUUGAUGAGGAUGAGGAUGAUAGUAUACCUGAGAAUGGAGAGAAAUCAGCUAUCCUUGGACGGCUUAAGAGUUCUGCAGGGGAUACUUCUCAGCAAGCAGAUUUAAAUGGAAAUGAGAAUAGGCAGAGAACGAAGAAAGAGGUGAUGGAGGAGAUCAUUUUCAAAAGCAAAUUCUUCAAGGCAGAGAAGGCAAAGGAGAAGGAGGAAAAUGAGCAGUUAGUUGAGCAACUGGACCAUGAUUUUACUUCCUUGGUGCAGUCGGAAUCAUUAAUAGCAUUGACCCAACCAAGCAAAAUUCAUGCUUUGCGAGCAUUGAUUAACAAUCCUACUUCAAAUGCUGAAGCCAAAAAGGAGAUAUCAGUGCAGAAUAAAGCUGCCACUCAACAUGAAAAACCCGAUUUUUAUGACAAACUUGUGAGCGAGAUGGCUCUGGACAUGCGUGCACGCCCAUCAGACCGGACAAAGACGCCUGAAGAGAUUGCUCAAGAAGAGAAAGAGCGCUUGGAGCAACUGGAGGAAGAGCGUCAAAAGAGGAUGGUUGCUGCUGAUGGAUCAAGUGAUGAUGACGAUGAUGGGCCUGAUGAUGAUAAUAAUCAGCUAGAGUCUUCCAAUGUUGAAGAGAUACAAACUAAAGUGGGAUGGAUUGGAAAUGUCUUGAGGGAUGAUGCUGACGAUGACAGACAGGAUGCUGCGUUCACAGAGGAAUCUGAGGAUGAGGAGGAUAGUGAAGAGGAAGAAACUGAUGAGGAUGAUGAAAGUGAUAAAGCUCAUUCUCUGAAAGACUGGGAGCAGAGUGAUGAUGAUGAACUUGGCACUGAUGUGGAGGAUGACGAGGAAGAUAUGGAAAGUGAAGAGAAGAAACAAGGAAACCAGGGGAGUCAGAUGAGAACUGGAAAUGUAGAGAGCGUAAAAGAAAGUUCCAAAUUGCAUACACUUCAGAUCGGAGAACUUCCGUACACAAUUGAGGCUCCUAAAAGCCUGGAAGAAUUCACUUCAUUGCUUGAGAAUCGACCAGAUGAUCAGAUUGUGGAAGCAAUCAGGAGAAUCCGUGCAUUUAAUGCUAUUAAUCUUGCGGCAGAAAAUAAAAGAAAAAUGCAGGUCUUCUAUGGUGUUCUAUUGCAAUAUUUUGCCAUUUUGGCAAAUAAGAAGCUGCUAAACUUCAAGCUGCUGAAUUUACUUGUGAAACCAUUGAUGGAAAUGAGUGCAGAGAUCCCAUACUUUGCUGCCAUAUGUGCUCGUGAAAGAUUACUGAGGAUUCGCACACAAUUUGUCGAGGAUGUGAAAAGCAUAGGGAAAAGUUCUUGGCCUUCCAGGAAAACAAUCUUUCUUCUGCGGCUGUGGUCCAUGAUCUUUCCAUGCUCUGAUUUUCGUCAUCCAGUCAUGACUCCUGCAACACUGUUGAUUUGUGAAUAUUUGACGCGCUGUCAAAUCACAUCUGGUCGGGACAUUCUCAUUGGCUCCUUCUUAUGUUCUUUGAUGCUCUCUAUAGUCAAGCAGUCUCGUAAGUUCUGUCCCGAGGUUUUAACCUUUAUCCGAACUGUGCUUGCCUCAGCUUCUGACAAGACUGACGGAACUCCUGCAGAUCAUCAGUUGAACCAUCUUAUGGAAAUUAAGGUCCUGGAACCUUUACUAUGUAUCAAGAGUCCUGUGAAGGAGAUCAACAGCCUGAACUUUCUUAUGCUGAUGGAGUUGCCAGACAAUUCCCGGCAGUUCAGCUCUGAUGAUUUCAGAGCUGGUGUUCUUGCAGCAAUCACUGAAGCUCUGAAAGGAUUUGUCAACAUUUAUGAGGGUUAUAACUCUUUUCCAGAAAUAUUUUUGCCAAUUUCGAAGCUGUUGAGCAAAUUGGCAGACCAAGAUCACAUGCCAGAAACAUUACAAAUCAGUCUCAGGGAUGUUCUCCAACUCAUUGAAAAGAAAACUGAAGAGCAUCAUACUUUCCGGAAACCACUCCAAAUGCGGAAGAAAAAACCUGUACCUGUGAAGAUGCUUGCUCCAAAAUUUGAGGAGAACUUUGUCAAGGGAAGAGAUUACGAUCCAGAUCGUGAGCGAGCUGAGAGGAAAAAACUGAAAAAACAGGUGAACCGGGAACGUAAAUCGGCUGCUCGGGAGCUUCGUAAAGAUAAUCACUUCUUGUUUGGGGUUAAGGACAAGGAGAAGAGGCUACUGGAGGAAGAAAGAGCAGAGAAGUAUGGGAAAGCAAGGGCAUUCCUUCAAGAGCAAGAGCAUCAAUUUAAAUCUGGUCAACUUGGUAAAGGCAAUAAAAGAAGAAGGAAGUGA